GGAAGCACCCACAGCCGGCCAAAGACCAGCCUCCGGUGCCGCGACCUGCGUGGCCAGAUAACAGGAGGAGCGCUUUUCGGGCGAGAAGCUCAACAUUAUUGGAACAUGUUGAUGUUUGUGACGUAGCUGAAGCAUCUGUAAACAAAAUGGCCAAGUUAUCUAGCGAGGAACGGGCUCUGUUUCCGCUCAGUGACAUAGACUCAGUUGUGAAGUUAUUUAGAAUUCAUUUGUCAAAAAACAGUGAACCAAAUUUGGCGAUAUUAUCAAUUAUCAUUGGGUACAUUGAAAACACACUGACGUGCUCGCGCGGGGGCUCGGAGCCCACGCCAGAACUGGAGGACGACUGCUCAGGCAAACGGGCGGAGGACCACCGUGUUCUGCCAGUCGUGGAUUACGAAACAGUGGAAGCCCUGCAUCAAAGGUUUUUAGCAAUUAUCAAAGCACAUGUGGAUGUCACCGCCUUUGGUUCACCUCGCUACGGAACUCGAGAACUUAUCAAGCGGAUAUCAGAUGUUGUCUGGUGUACUUUAUCCAGCAGUUAUUAUAAAGAUCGAGCACAUUUACAGUCAAUCUACAGUUACAUGACAGGAGCUAAAUUAGACAGUUCAGGGACAACUCUAGCAGUUGUUGCUGCAUGUCAAGCUCUUGGUUACUAUGAUGUUCAUCUGGCACUCUCUGAAGACCACACGUGGGUUGUCUUUGGUGAGAGAGGAGAGGAGACUGUUGAAGUGACAUGGCAUGGGAAGGGUAAUGAAGAUAAAAGAGGCAUUCCUGUAACAGAAGACGUUUACAGCAAAUCUUGGUUAUACGUAAAUGGCCGACCUGUUAUCAGUAACAGGCAUAUGGAGGUAGCAACGAUAGUUUCAAACAUGAAUCCAGGAAUCAAUGCCACAACAGACUCUGAGGAGGUGAUGCUCCUUCAGCAAGCUCUUCUCUGGUCUCUCUAUGAUGCAGGACACCUUGCCAAAUACCCUAUGGCAAUAGAUAACCUGGGUGAUCUUGAAGAGAUGAUGCCUUCCAAGGGCAGAGCAGCUGCAACCAAAAUGUAUGAGGAGGCCAUCACCAGUGCUGUACGUUACUACGACAACCAACACGUAUACCCAUAUACCUACCUCGGUGGAUACUGCUAUAGGAACAAACUAUAUAAACAAGCUCUAAAGUACUGGGCAAAAGCUGCUUCUGUUAUUAAAAAUUACAACUAUUCUAGAGAUGAUGAAGAAAUCUACAAGGAAUUCCUAGAGAUUGCCAAUGAACUUAUCCCGCACAUCAUGCGAGUUGUAAGCUCUGGAAUAUCAGCAAGAUCCAUUCUUAAGGAUCCGGAGUGCUUUGCCUACCUUCUUGAAUUCUAUGAUGGUAUUUGUGAAUGGGAAGAGGGCUCUGCCACCCCAGUCCUUCACAUAGGAUGGGCAAAAGCACUUUUCAACACUAUUUCCAAGUUCCAUGCUCAUGUACGUUCACAUGUGAAAAUAUUUUGUGUGGAUCCAGAGACAACAGACAUUGAUGCUGCAGAUUCUUCAGUUUUUUUGAAGGAAGCAGAAGAGAAUUCAACGACUGCAAGUUCUCAAGAUCAGAAUGGGAAUAUGGCUACAGACAUAAUAAGUCUUGCAGAGGAGGAGAUAGACCCAAGUGAAAUGAUGCAUCGAUGGCCUCCUGUUAGAUUAUUUUCUGCUAAGAUGAGAGGGCUACGAGAUCUUCUCCUUGCAGAUAAAUUGAAUUCACAAGCGAUUUCCUUACAGUUAACAGCGCAGUCACAGGUAAUUAUGACAAAGAAGAGAGGGGCUGGAGAGGUAGAAAGCCAACACGUAGGGAGAUCAAAAAGAGCACGGAGAGAGUAGUAGAGAGACUUUUCAGAAGUUCAGGAACAGCUCUCCCAGAGAAACAGCAACACUAUGAUGAAUGAAGAAAGAUAGCAGUGGGCUGCAUGACUUAUAAAAAGUCAUAGUUCCAACUUGCACUAAAUAUAACAUUAAGGUAUUGACUUUUGUUUUAGAACUUGGUUACUGUAUCCAGUAAGAAGGAAAUGAUGUAAUGGAAGCCAAGAAGUGACAUACGUUUCUUGGCUCUCUCUGUUUCUUAUAUGUUAUGUCCACUUUUAUUAGCCUGUGAUCAUUUACAAGCAGAAUUUUUAUGUGUGCAUCAAGUUUCAGGGGAAUUAUAUUGAUUUAAGGUGCUGGAACAAGUACAAUUGUCUGUUUGCAAAAAUGCAAUUUGAUAAGACUAUGUGGAUUCAUGAUCUUUGCUUGCUAGAUAUUAUACUUUUAAGAGAUUUAAGCAUGUGUAAACAAAUAAUACACUUUGUUAUGUUUGAUUAUAUGAUAUUCUAUGGAUCCAGUUACACAUGAUAUCUUUAUUUUACAUCAGAAUUAGUUACUUGUAUAUAAGUUUUCCCAAUUUUUGGGCUAAAUCAUCAUGUUUUUGUACAAUUUAAAGAAAAUGUUUUAAGAUCUGCUGAAGAUAGUUAAAUCACUUAUUUUAAGAUGUAAAAUAUUAAUGAGUUUCUAAACUCCCCCAUUGUACAGUGACAACCUGUAGUAUAUAACUGUAAGAUACAGUUAGCCUAUGUGGUUAACUCAAGGGUUAUACCACUUAUCUAGUACCUGAUAAGGCUUAAGUACUGUAAGUAAUAUGGUUGUGCACCUACUUGUCAGCUCACAAAGAGUAUAAACUUUCAGAUCAUUAUAGGGCUCAUGACUUAGAAUGUGUUACUUCUACAAUUCACUUUUUGACAAGAGCCUAGUGUAAUCUAACAUUAGAAUAGCUUAUAGCAACCAUUUCCUGUAACACCAAUGCUAGGAUGUUGAUAUAUCUUUCAUUAUGUUUGCUUGUUCACACCAUUUAAUUGUACUUUAUUAGCCAAUACCAAAAAAUAUGAUAUGUUUGUCUGUGGAAGCCUUUUAAUGUCACCAGAGAAACCUAAAUAUCAAUCACUUGAUGAGGUUGUAGAUGUAUUAUUAAGUUUGUUUUUGUGUUUGACUGUUGGUAAGUAUGAUGUGAUAGCAAUAACUUAAGUAACAGAAAAAAAAAACAUUUGUAACUGUGGCCUUGCACUCUUAUUGGCUCUGACUCCUAAUGCCCUUGUAGCUUUUGUGGCUUUGCGGUUCUUGGUUGCAAAUGUGGUGGCUGUGCACCUAUUAGCAACACACUGCUAGCUGAUGUUUAAUUUGUGGUGUGGUGACUUAGUGGCUGUGCAAAGUAACAUGACAUAAUAUGUGAUUUAUAAUAAUCAUGGUAUCUGAAACUACAACUUUAGUCAUUUAUAUCCAUGUAUAUAGAUUAAUCUCUUUUAGAUAGACUUUUUAAAGAUGUCU